AUGCCAAUAUCAGAAAUAAAGUGCUGCAAUUCUGCCAUACAUCGAGUCGGGAACACCAGGCAGUGGAAGCAGGCACUGAACUUGCUCGCGCGCCUCCCAGAACUAGAGCUGGAGCGAAGUAUAGUAUCCUUCAAUGCUGCCAUUAGCGCAACAGGCAAAGCCGGACCGUGGGAGCUUGGAUCGAACUUGCUUAAUGAAUUGCAUUCGCUGUUUCUGAGGCCCGCUAUUGUCACUUACAGCUCCAGAAUUAAAGGACUUAGGAAGUGGACUGAAGCCUUGCACCUGCUGGCAACUGCCAAGCGCAAGCACUUGGUAGCAGAUAUGAUUAUGUACAGUCUAGGAGUGAGUGCUUGCGAGGGCUCGGCAGGCUCGGCAGGCUCGGCAGCUUGGCAAGCGGCCUUACAGCUUUUCUUGGAGGUGCGCAUGCUUGGCUUACAGGAAGACACAAUGCUUGCUGGCUCAAUGAUCAGUGCUUGUGAGAAAGGGCGGCAGUGGCAGUGGUCUUUGCACCUCCUGAACAACUUCAGAUCUGCACGGCUGAGGCUAAGUGUUGUGAUGUUCAAUGCAGCGAUCAGUGCCUGUGAGAAAUGCGGGCAUUGGGAGCUGGCGUUGGCAUUGCUGCAAGAGGACAUGCGAGUGUUGCAUAUCGUGCCUGAUGUGAUAACCUUCAACGCUUCCAUCAGUGCUUGCGAGAAGGCCACGCGCUGGCCGAACGCUUUGUGGGUCUUGGAACUGGCGGAAAAUCAAGCGCUUCAGCCGGACUUGAUCACUUUCAGUGCUGCUAUGAGCGCGUGUGCCAAAGCAAGUCGAUGGCAGCAAGCAGUUUCGCUUCUGCACAAGCUCCUCUCAAUCCAUCUAGAAACAGACAUCAUUAUGUACAAUGCCGUGCUCAGUGCACUUGAGCACGAAGGUCGCUGGCAGCAAUCCCUGCACCUACUGGCACAGCUUCAGGAUCAAGACAUAUUUGCAACCCGUGUUACUUACAACGCGUUGAUCAGUGUAUGUGAGAAAGCUUGUCAAUGGCAGCAUGCAGUGCGGACGACAACGGUGGCGAAGACAAAAACUCGAACAGAUGUGAUUACGUACAAUGCAAGCAUCAGUGCUUGUCAAAGGGUCGAGCGGUGGAUGUCUACACUAAAUUUUCUGGAGCAAGUGGGACACGGACGGCUUCACAGCGAUGUGGUCACAUACAGUUCCUGUGUCAGUGCAUGUGGCGCGGCAGCCUUGUGGAAAGGUGCUAUGUUCCUUUGCGCUAAGGCUCAGCAGCAGCAGUUGCAUGACUCGGUCCUUUACAGCACUGCCGUGAACGCUUGCAGCGCAGAUGGGCGGUCAUGGGCGCUCAUCUUGGCUUUGCUGUUCACUGCUAAGGCAGACAAAACUGUCGAUAUGGAUGCCAUCGGCAUGGCCUUGACUGCAUGCCUCAAAGCAGGAAGGGAAUUUCACGCGCGACGUGCCAUUUCAUGUCUUUUGGGGCAAGCGGACAGGGACUGCCACCUUGCACUUCGGGAAACUGUCCGGUUUCAGUAG